CUAUCCAGUCCAUCCAUUAUUGCAUUUACACUUAGACAUAGCUUUUUCUUCUCUCCCCUUCUCCAAUCGCACGCACACUAACAGUCGGAUUCAUUCUCUCUUUCAGAAAUGGCAACGCUCGGAGGCAUUCGCCAGACUGGAGGAGGAUCGCAUAACAGCCUGGAAAUCGAGAAUCUCGCACGUUUCGCCGUCGCUGAGCACAACAAGAAACAGAAUGCGCUCCUGGAGUUUAAGAGGGUGACGAACGUGAAGGAGCAAGUGGUGGCGGGGAAGAUGUACUACAUAACGCUGGAGGCGGAAGAGGGUGGUAGUGGUCAGAAGAAGGCUUAUGAGGCCAAGGUGUGGGAGAAGUCGUGGAUGAAUUUCAAGGAGCUUCAGGACUUCAAGCCCAUCACCGACGAUGCUGCAUCUUCUUGAAUUGAAUUAUUCACUGGUCCUUCCUUCCUUCCUAUCAGAUGACCUGACAUGACAAAGAUGCUGGUUUGUUUGUGUAAUUAAUAAAGGAAGCUAAGCUACUGUACUUUCUUUCUAUGUUAUGUUGUGUUGCUCUUCUGCUGGUGCUUGCUUCCAAAUUUGAGGGUGGUUUCAUGGAUUGGAUUGAAGUUGGGUAUCCAUCUAUCUAUCCAUCUAUCUAUGCUUAUUUCUUUCUUCACUCACAA